UAACAUUUUGCAUAAAAAGAGAAAGUGCCCCCACUUACAAAUACCGAAACUUUUUUACGAAAUUUGGUGUGUGUAUGUGGAUGUAUGAAGAAGAAAGAAAGAGUGAGGGAGCAAAGCUGAGUUGCCUUUGAUACUGCUGCAAUAGUCCUGCUUGUCAGCACAUGCAAUCCACUUUCCACAACAAAAUCGACUUUGGACCCCAAAAUUUUACCUCACCCACAAGAAAAGCACACCCCACCUCUCAUAAAUUUCAUGCCCCUUCUUCUACCUCGUCCCCUCUCACUCUCUCUCUUAGACCAAACCACCUUCUUUUUCAUUCAUAUUCUAGACACAAGAUGAAGUAUUCACCCGUUUAUACUAGACUAUAACAAAGAGGCCUCAAACCUAGAGCUUCCAGAUAAAUACCAACCAACCCUUUUGUUCUCCACCAGUCCAUCCUAAACAGUAAGUUCCUCCUCUCUCUCACUCAGAUUCAAGAAAGAUGAGAACUGGAAACUGUGCUGUGCAACAAGGCCUAACUGCCGAGGCAGCAAGCUUAGUGAAACAAGCAGUGACCCUCGCGAAACGCCGUGGCCACGCUCAGGUGACUCCACUCCACGUGGCAAACACUAUGCUCACUGUCACCAACGGUUUAUUCCGUACAGCAUGUCUCCAAUCCCACUCUCACCCUCUUCAGUGCAAGGCCUUGGAGCUUUGCUUCAACGUCGCCCUCAAUCGGCUGCCGGCGUCCACAGCUUCAAGCCCCAUGUUGGGUGGUGGUGCUCACAACCACCACUCUCAGUACCCUUCCAUCUCCAACGCCUUAGUCGCCGCCUUCAAGCGCGCUCAGGCGCACCAGCGCCGUGGAUCGGUCGAGAAUCAGCAGCAGCCGCUAUUAGCAGUGAAGAUUGAGCUUGAGCAGCUCAUUAUUUCAAUCUUGGAUGAUCCUAGUGUUAGCAGAGUCAUGAGAGAAGCUGGGUUUUCUAGCACUCAAGUGAAAAGCAAUGUUGAACAAGCUGUUUCCUUGGAAAUAUGCUCUCAGAAUAACAACCAAAACAACAACACUUCAAAGGAGAACAACAAUAAUCUAAUUCUCUCUUCACCUUCUUCUCAUGAGACUGUGGGUAUGGUUAGGGCUGAGGAUAUAGAAAGCGUGGUGGAGAAUUUGGCGAGUCAAAGAAAAAGAUGUACUGUGAUUGUGGGAGAGUGUGUGGCUAGUCUUGAAGGUGUGGUUAGAGGAGUGAUGGAAAAAUUUGAUAAAGGGAAUGUUGGGGAGUCACUUAGAGGUGUCAAGUUUAUCACUCUUUCUCUUUCUUCUCUUGUAAAAUUUUCAAGGGAAGAGGUUGAACAAAAGGUUGAAGAGCUUAGGGGUCUUGUGAAAAUGGCCUCUCAUGGGAAAGGGUACGUUUUGUAUGUUGGGGAUCUUAAAUGGGUGUUUGAUUAUAGGAAAGGGAGAGGGUGUUACUGCCCUGUGGAGCACAUGGUAAUGGAGAUUGGAAAGGUGGUGAGUGGGGUUGGAGAGAGUGCAAGGUUUUGGGUGAUGGGUGUUGCCACUUUCCAAGGUUACAUGAGAUGUAAAAAUGGCCAGCCUUCAUUGGAGACUCUUUGGGGUCUUCAUCCUAUUACUAUCCCAGCUGGAAGUUUGAGUUUGAGCCUCAUCACUCACAGUGGUCUACAAAAUGAGCCCACCAAGGAGAAAGCUGACAGCAACAGAAGUAGCUGGCUAUUGCUUGAAAAUGAUGAUCAGAAGCAACCGGCUUGCUUUGCGGAACCCUCAGGGAAAAUUGAGACCGAGGUUCGAAGCUUGCUGAGUAGUGAUGCUUGUAACAGUGAUUCCUCAACUUCAAGCCUUCCUGCAUGGCUUCAACAGUAUAAGAAUGAGAAUAAAGCAACUACCUACAAUCAUCAGGACUGUGUCCCAGUGGGAGAGCUUUGCAAAAAGUGGAGCUCUAUGUGUGGCUCAACCCAAAAACAACCCUAUCUUUCUGAAAAAGCUCUCACAUACACACCAUCCUCCGUGUCACCUUCUUCAUGCACUUCAGGGUUCUCAUACGAACAUCACCAACAUACUAACAAAAACCCACAAAGCAACAACCACAAUUUCUGGAUCUCUGAAAGUAGUAGCAAACUCAAUGAAUCAACUUUGCGAGUUUACAGUUCCAACCCUAAUUCUACUUCUUCUAGUGAUGUAAUGGAAGUGGAGUACGAGAAAAGGUUCAAAGAGUUCAACUCAGAGAAAAUGAAAAGCCUGUGCAAUGCCUUGGAGAAAAAGGUGCCACGGCAGAAAGAUAUAAUUCCAGAAAUUGCAAGCACCGUUUUGCAAUGCCGGUCCGGGAUGAUAAGAAGAAAAGGGAAAGUGAUAAACAACAAUGAGGUGAAAGAAGAAACUUGGUUGUUUUUCCAAGGUGUGGAUGUUGCAGCAAAAGAGGAAAUAGCAAGGGAACUAGCCAGGCUUAUUUUCGGUUCCCCGAACGACUUUGUUUCAAUAUCUCUGAGCAGUUUCGCAGAUUCAACGGAGGAUUGUUGCAGAAACAAAAGAUCAAGAGAUGAACAAAGUUGCAGUUACAUUGAGCGGUUCGCGGAUGCAAUCUCUUGCAACCCUCAUAGGGUGUUCUUAGUUGAGGACAUUGAGCAAGUAGAUUAUUGUUCUCAACUUGGUUUCAAAAGGGCUAUUGAAAGAGGAAGAGUUGUAGACUCGAAUGGUGAAGAGAUUGCGCUUUGUGACGCGAUCAUCAUUCUCAGCUGUGAGAGUUUCAGUUCAAGGUCAAGAGCUUGUUCUCCUAACAAACAAAAAGCGUGUGAAGGUAAUUCUCAAGAAGAGAAGGGUGACAAUACUUUGGAGGAAAUCACUAGCCCUUGUAUUUCUUUGGAUUUGAAUAUUUCCAUUGAUGAUGGUGAUGAUGGUGGUUGUGAUGAUGAUGAGGACCGGUCGGUGGAUGAAAUUGGGCUUCUUGAAUCUGUGGAUAGAAUGUUUAUCUUCAAAUUUCAGAACUUAUGAGGAAAAAAGAAUUUUAGUAGCUAGCAUGUAAUCUUUUUCUUUUACUUUCUUCCUUUUUAGGCUAUUUUUUCUUUAUUCAUCUUGUCUUUGUAUUCUCUGGCAUUUCCUAGGGCUAGGGAUGAAAAAUUGCGUGCCCUUGAGUUUUAUAGUUUUGUAACUACAUGUAUAUUACCAAGGACAUCAACUAUAUCUCUCUGUUAGAGGAAUCUGAGCCUUUCUUCUAUCAA